AUGCAUGGCGAUUUUCACCACCUGCUGCAGGAGCUCAACCGAGAAGACACCAAGGGCUACAAGAACUUCCUCCGCAUCAAACCUGAACUUUUCAGAGAGAUGGUGGACCGGCUUACUCCAAUCCUCGCCAAAAAAGCCACCAGAAUGAGAGAGCCCCUGUCAGUGGGGUUGAAGUUGGCUGUCACCCUCCAAUUCCUGGCAUCCGGCGAUUCAUAUACGAGUCUGCAAUACAGCUUCAGGGUCUCCAAAACCGCCAUCUGUAGAUUCGUACCUAAAGUCUGCCAGGCCAUAAUUGACAUAUACAAACCUGAGGUGCUCAAAUUCGUACCUAAAGUCUGCCAGGCCAUAAUUGACAUAUACAAACCUGAGGUGCUCAAGUGCCCAAGAACUCCAGAAGAAUGGAAUCAAGUUGCCGAAGGAUUCUCAAAGAGGUGGAACUAUCACAAGUGUGGAGGUGGUCUGGAUGGCAAGCAUGUUCGAGUGAAGAAGCCCUGGCAUGCAGGAUCACUGUUCUUCAAUUACAAGAAGUUCCACAGCAUUGUCCUCAUGGCCGUCGUAGAUGCAAACUACAAGUUCCUGUACGUCGACGUAGGUGCUGAAGGAAGUGCUGGUGAUGGAGGAACUUGGUUCAAGUGCACCCUUCACGAUGCCAUCGCGCAGAAACGAGUGGGAUUUCCAGAGCACAGCUUCCUGCCGAGUGACGACACGCCAAUCCCAUUCCACAUUGUUGCUGAUGAUGCCUUCGCCCUCAAGACCUGGCUUAUGAAACCUUACUCACAUCAAUCCCAGGUAUACGAAGAAAAAAUCUUCAGCUACAGGUUGUCUCGCGCCCGUCGUGUGGUGGAAAAUGCUUUCGGUCUCCUGCAGUCACGAUUUAGAGUCUUCGGCACUACCAUGCUACAACGACCUGCAGUUGUCAAAAUUGUCACCAUGUGUGGGUGUGUGAUGCACAACCUGAUAUUGGACCGCUACUCAAAUUUUCAUCCCCAAGAAGUCGACUGCGAAGAUGGUGACCAUAACGUGAUUGAUGGAUCGUGGAGGAACAUACCAAAUCUGAUGCAACGCCUCCAAACUCGACGGGGAACAAAUCCAACGAGAGAAGCAAAGGCCGUCCGAGACUACCUGGCUUUGUACUAUGCAUCAGAAGCAGGCGCAGUUCCCUGGCAAGAAAGGAUGGUAUAUCCAAGAGGACGACCAGCAGACGAACAAAGGAUGGAGCAAUAA